AUGAAAUUGGCUCAGCACAUUAAAGUGAGGCAAAGGGUUGUGGCUACCGCAAUUACGUAUAUGAGACGGGUUUAUGUAAGAAAGAGCAUGGUAGAGUUUGAGCCCCGUCUUGUUGCUCUCACAUGCUUGUACCUGGCAUCUAAAGCUGAAGAAAGCAUAGUGCAGGCCAGGAAUCUCGUUUUUUACAUCAAAAGAUUGUAUCCUGAUGAGUACAAGUAUGAACUAAAAGAUAUAUUAGGAAUGGAGAUGAAGGUCUUAGAAGCACUGAACUAUUAUCUGGUUGUGUUUCACCCUUACCGGUCAUUAUCCGAGUUUUUGCAAGAUGCUGCAAUAAACGAUGUAAAUAUGAUCCAGAUUACUUGGGGAAUUUGUAACGAUACUUGUAAGAUGGACCUCAUCCUUGUACACCCUCCCUAUCGCAUAGCGCUAGCGUGCAUAUACAUAGCAAGUGUACAGAGGGAGAAAGAUAUCACAGCUUGGUUUGAAAAUCUUCGUGAGGACAUGAACUUGGUGAAGAACAUUGCCAUGGAGAUUUUGGACUUCUAUGAGAAUUACAGAACGAUGACUGAGGAAAGAGUGAAUACCGCAUUCAGCAAAUUGGCUUUGAAGCAGUAG